AUGGCACUGAGAAGUCCAAAAAGCGGAAAUAGCACUGAGUGUCAUUAUUGGAACUACUCCUUCCACUGGACUGACCUCCACUCUUCUGCCGAUGACUUGCGGCCUCGGGCCUACACUUGUGAUACUCUUACCGAUCAGUGUGUCGAGUGCUUGAACAGUAUUCCACUGAUGGACGGUGUUGAUAAACGGCCAUUCAAGAAGGAUCUCUAUGGCUUGUUGCGCGAUCAUUCGGACGACGAGCCGAAGCUCAAGGAGCUUUGGACAGAGAUAAAUACCGUUCCUCCAUGGGUUGACUGGGCCCAGAUUCAACGUGGUCAAGAUGUCUUCUUCCGCUAUGGACUUCCGAUUCUUAACACACUCAGUUUUGAAAGCCUUCUUGGCGGAAUGGGAGCGACCCGUGUCGUCGAAACACUCGCGCGAACAGGUGGCUUCAGUGCAAAAGUCGUGCGCAAAAGGCUCCUCGAAACUCUACAGCACAUACUCCAGGUCAGCAGCUCCGUCGAGGGGAUGAAGCCAGGGGGAGAGGGCCACAUCUCCUCAGUUCGGGUUCGACUACUACACUCGUCAGUGCGGUUGAAAAUUCUCAGCUUGGUGGACCAACAACCGGAGUACUACGAUAUCGACAAAUAUGGAACUCCCGUGAACGACCUCGAUUGCAUAGGCACAAUCAACACAUUUUGCAGCUCCGUGGUCUGGUUGGGUCUUCCGCGACAGGGGAUCUAUCUCAGCAAUCAAGAGGUUGAGGACUAUAUCGCACUUUGGAGACUUGUGGCCUAUUAUAUGGGAACUCCAACUGAGCCUUUUGAAACUACAGCCAAGGCUCGUGCUAUGAUGGAGUCUCUCCUGAUCUCUGAGAUUGAUCCCUCCGAGAUUGGCAAAGUGAUUGCAAAGAACAUCAUUCUUGGUUUGGAAAACACGGCCCCGACCUAUGCGUCGAAGGAAUUCAUGGAAGCUAUGAGUCGGUUACUAAAUAGUGAAUUGCUAUCUGAUCAGCUCGAGAUCCCUCGAUCCACUUUAUAUUAUCGCAUGCUGAUAUGGGGGUAUUGUUUCUGGGUCAUGGCCGUGUCCUACAUCAUCCCUAGGAUAUAUUUCCUCGACAAAAUCAUGAUCGAGCUUCGUCGCAAAUUCUUCAACAAAAUGAUACUUGACGAGAAAAUGGGCCUGGGUGAGGAGUCCCGGUUCGACUUCAAAUAUGUUCCCACUCUCACUCGAACUACGCGUCUUGGGCAGCGGAGAAGUACCAAGUUUGAAAGGCCAGGUAUUGAAAGUUUGGCCCAUCUCGGUCUUUUGUGUGCCUUCACUGCUGUAGUUACUAUGGGCAUGGGAUUUGCCUUCGCAGCCAGGAUGAUCCCUUCUCAUCUUUUUUCGGUCCUUUGA